AUGUGGAGUAAAUGCUGUAAAAAAGUGGAAACGGAAAUUUUAAGGAUUGCUCUCAACAAUUGGAUAAUCCCAAAGUUUAUAGAAGAAGUGAAUAGCAGAAAUAAGAAAAUUAAAGAAGAGGAAUCUGUUGACACGGAUGAUGAUGAUGAAGAUGAAUGGGAAGAUGUACCGGAUGAAGAAACGAAGUCUCAAGAUGUUCAUGAAAUGGAUGUAGUACCAGAGCUUCGUGAGAUGGAAAUAGCUUCACAAGAAACACCCAAACUCGAGAAACAGUCAUCAGCUAUGGAUGAACCAUGUUCACCACCUCUUCCAAGAUCUCACAAGAGGAAACUGAUACUGCUGGCAAAUGCCAUUGCUGAUGAAUUGUAUUCAAUAUCAACAUCACCUCUUGAUGACUAUAAGAUUAUCAAUGUUUAUUUGGAGAUGAUAGCAGAAAGGGGGGCACCUUCUAUCUACGCCUGUAACACUUUCUUCUUCCAGCAGCUGAUGCUUAGAGGAUAUGAAGGAGUUCAAUCAUGGACGAGAAAGGUUCGACUAUUCUCCAAAGAGAUUGAUGAUGAUUCCCAUUCAUCUAGGUGCUCAUUGGUGUUUGACAGUGAUUAA